AUGGGAGAGAUGAACCACACGCAAUUCAGUGGCUUCAUAUUGCUGGGUUUCUCGGACAUUGAGGAUGUAAGAAUAUUGCUCUUUAUGUUCUUCCUUUCUAUGUUUCUCCUGUCUCUAAUUGGAAAUAUGCUCAUUAUUGUGGCAGUUCAGUGUCGCAAUGGUCUUCAUACCCCCAUGUAUUUUUUCAUCACCGUCCUUUCUGUCCUGGAAUUCUUGUACUUAAUGAUCACCGGUCCCAAGCUUUUAUCUAUAUUACUAACCAAGGACAACAGAAUUUCCUAUGGGUGGUGCUUUGCCCAGCUCUAUAUGUUCCACAGUUUGGGCAUUACAGAGGGAACUAUGUUGGCUAUUAUGGCAUUUGACCGUUUCAUGGCAAUAUGUAACCCACUGAGAUACAUCUCUAUCAUGAAUGAAAGAAUGUGUUCGCUUCUGGCCAUUCUCUGUUGGGUAUUUGGGUUCCUGGUUGCAACCAUUCCCACCACAUUGACCAUAAAGGUCCCUCUAUGUGGGCCUUAUCUAUUAGACCAUUACUACUGUGACCUGGGUCCUCUACUGGCCUUGGCUUGCACAGACAUUUCAGUCACUGUUAUGAUUAACAGAAGUGUCAUUGGAUUUGCUAUUAUGUUCAAUUUCACAUUUAUCCUAGUCAUGUAUCUAAAUAUUAUAGUUUCUAUUGUGAAAUUAGGGUCCAACACAAGGAAAAAGAAGGCCUUCUCCACUUGUUCUUCUCAUCUGACUGUCGUACUGAUGAUUUAUAGCACCACCUUUGCUGUUUAUGGCAGCCCUAAAGGACCUGAGUAUGUGAAUUAUGACAAGCUAUUUUCCCUGGUUUAUACUGUACUGGCCCCACUACUAAAUCCUAUCAUUUUCAGUUUAAGGAACAAUGAUAUAAAGAUAGCUUUAAAGGGAAUUGUACAAAGAAAAUGGGUAAACGUCAGGUUUGUGUAACCAUGAAAGUCUGGGCAGAGCAACAAAAUGUAUGAAUAAAGUAAUGUUCUAUCCAUUGCCCACGACCUUCAUAGCAUCCGUAGAAAAGAGUUGCAUGCAUGUGUUGAAGGGAAAUUC